AUUAGGACUCGCCAUUGCGCGAACACGACAUUUCCCCCAUACAACACCCAACCCCGUCGCUAUUUGCACCGCACCUCCCAUAUUCACACACACAAUCUACAAAACGCCACAAAGAUGGAUUCUCCGGAGCCCGAUACCCCUUUCGCCGCAGUGACUGCGCAAACAACAAAAUACGGCGCUUUGUUCCAAACAUAUCUCGACAAGGCGACACCAUACAAGGGUUACCGAUGGGGGGGUUCAGCAGCCAUCUUCUUCCUCUUCGGCAUACGUAUAUUCGUCGCGCAAGGAUGGUACAUUGUCGCAUACACGCUUGGCAUCUACCUCCUGAAUCUCUUCCUCGCCUUUCUUUCCCCAAAAUUCGAUCCCGCGCUAGAACAAGAUGAGGGUAUGGAAGAUGGAAACGCCUCCGGGCUCCCCACAAAAGAAGACCAGGAGUUCCGACCCUUUGUCCGGAGACUGCCGGAGUUCAAGUUUUGGUACUCUGCUACCAGGGCGAUUACUAUUGGCUUUUUCUGCAGUUGGUUCGAAAUUUUCAACCUGCCAGUCUUCUGGCCCGUGUUGGUUGUAUACUGGUUGAUUCUGUUUGGCCUGACGAUGCGACGUCAAAUUCAGCACAUGAUCAAAUACCGUUACGUCCCCUUUACCGUCGGCAAGACGCGUUACCCAGGCGCUUCCAACUAAGCCAUCUCGAGGCUAUCUUCUUCACUUCGCCAGAUCUCAUAUCCACCUUUGGGAGGGUUGCUAUUAGCGGCUGCAUUCUGGACAUUGGGCGCGUUUUCUUGGAUGAUAGAUCUUUGGGCUUCAAAUUAGCAGCUAGGAGUUGUUCCGGGGCGGAAAGGGGCAGAGCGGUGGUACGAUGACGGCAUGCUGCAUGAUGUGUACACGCAGCAGGAGACAAGAUGACUUAUUAUAUUUAAUACGGGGUUCCGCCCGCACAAAUACUUUCACGAAAAUCGAUAUACAAACACAAAUCUAGGAAUCGUCCGAACUACGAAUUACAGAUAUCAAUAAUGUCCCGCUAACGCCAACCUAUCUCUACACCCUGAACACAAAACGCCAAUCUAUGCAGCCUUUGAUGAUUUCCCCAUCAUCACCGGCCCCUAGCACUCUCCCUAUUCUCCUUCUUCUUCUUAAGAUACGCACUAAUCUGCUCCACCUGGCUCACAAAAAAGCACCUGGCCCCAUCAUUCUGCCACACCAGCACGCCCAGCGCACUCGCAUAGCCCAUAACGUCCCUAUACUCUGCAUCGGAACUGAACUCGCGCAUCAAGUAGCCCGGCGUGGUUUCCACACGCUCGCCCUCAUAUUCCCAGAGGCGUAUUUGGUCCAUGACGGUAGGCGGGAUGUACGGUACGGUUUUUUGCAUCUGUGGAUGGGCGUAGGUGGUGAGGUAGGAGAUGAUUUGGGCGGAUGUGAUGCCAGAUUGGACCGCUUUGUGGACGGAUUCUUUUGUUAGUUUGCCGGAGACGAGGUUAGGGAAACGAUGUUGAAGUUUGGUGAAGAGACUGAGGAUGGCGAUUUGGAUGAGGCUGUUCGUGUAGGCGUAGAGUCUGUAGUUUGUUUCGAUGAUGAUGAAACCCUUGUU